AUGGUGACUGAAUUGCACUUUACAAUUUCAUUAUUAUCAGAGAAAUUGCAGAAUCUGCUAGUGCUUGCCAAGGGAAGAUUUUUAAUCUUUCCUGGACUCAGAAACAGCUUGCGUGUUGCCAUCAACGAACUCAAAUUGAUUUUGAGCUUCCUUGAAGUCGAAGCAAAGAAUAAUACCAGUAGUGGCAAUUCGUUACAAGCUCGUAUUCUUCCUACUGUUUACUUUGCAGAACACAUCACCGAUGUUUUCCUCCUAAAUGCAAACAUAACAAGAAGAAGAUUAGAUAGGGUUAGUGCAGCUUGUCAAAUUAUUCUUCAAAAAGCCAUUAAUGAUUGGUUAGAAGCAUGUCGCGCUCAAGAUCUCACAACCAAUACUACACUUGAAUUUGAUAAUCACACAUUUAGUCGAGCAAUUGCAGGGUACCGACCUGAUAAUGACGUAUUUGUUGGACGCGAAGAUGCUGAAAAAGAGAUCGUAGCACGAUCGAUCGACGACAACGAGAAAAGCCUCCGCGUGAUUUCACUAGUCGGCAAAGAAGCAAUCGGAAAGACAACUCUGGCAAGAAAAGUUUACAACAGACUAGACAUUCGGCAGCAUUUCCAGUGCCGUGCUUGGCUCCAUGUUCCGAAAGAAUUUUCAUACAAAGAUGUAUUGCUUGUCAUACUCCGACAGACUCCAAAUUUAUUGAAAGACAUAGAGCUAAUGAAGGAGAACGAACUCUCAAUCUUCCUUUUCAAGAUUUUAAUGGGGCUCAGGUUUCUAAUAGUCUUGGAUGAUAUCUGCACCAAUGAUGACUGGCUCAAAUUUGUGCGUCCCUUUGCAGACGCCGCGAAUGGUAGCAGAGUCAUAAUCACUACUCGUGACUCUAAGGUCGCGUCGGAGGUAGAUCCGUGGAGUCAUCCUCUGAAUCUGAUGCAGUUAACAGAAGAGGAUACUUGGGCAUUGUUCUUGAACAGAGCGGUACCAGAAAAUGGUUCACAGAAUAAUUUAAACAAUGUCAAGGCCGAAAUUCUGAGUUUAUGUCGCGGUUUGCCUAUGGCAAUUGUCUUGUUGGGAGGCUUGUUGUCGACUGUGGAAUUAAGCGAGUGGUCAACAGUCAUUGAUCAUCUCCGUGCUCAAGAUCAUCAUCAUUUCUUAAAAUGUCUUGUUGAUUUGAGCUAUGAAAAAUUACCAUCUAGAUUGAAGCUUUGUUUUCUUUAUUUGGUUAUGUUUCCUAAAUCGUAUGAGAUUUCAACGCGGAGGUUAUUGCAGUUGUGGUUUGCUGUGGGGUUGUUCAAACAUCGAAUGAACCAAGCAUCGACUCUCAAGAUAUGGCCAUGA